GCGGAAGGCCUGGGUGGGCGGGAGCGGCGUUUCCUAGCAGCGGGCGCCGCCAUGGCGCCGCGGCGCGGCGGGCCGCUGGGCUACGUGCUACUGUGCGGGCAGGCGGUGCUGCUGCUCGGCAACCUGCUGCUGCUACACGGCGCCUCGCGCGGCCUCCCGCACAACGGCAGCGAGCCAGAGGCGCCGGGCCCGGAGCCGCCUGCUGCCACCUGGGCCUACAGCGACCCGCGGGCGCCGCUCGUCCUCUGCACGUACCUCCCCGAGGAGUUCGUGGAGUGCGAGGAGCCGGUGGACCACGGCGGGAACGCGACAGCGCAGCAGGAGCUGGGCCACGGCUGCGUGAAGUUCGGCGGACAGGCGCAUGGCGACGUGGACCACACGCGGGUGCAGUGCCGGGCCCUGGACGGCAUCGAGUGCGCCGAGCCGCGGAGCUUCCUGCGGGGCAGCCGGCCCUGCGUCAGGUACACCGGCCAUUACUUCAUCACUACUUUGCUCUACUCAUUUUUUCUGGGGUGCUUUGGAGUGGAUCGCUUCUGCCUGGGCCAUACGGGCACCGCUGUGGGGAAGCUGCUGACUCUGGGGGGUCUUGGGAUCUGGUGGUUUGUGGACCUGAUCCUCCUCAUCACUGGGGGGCUGAUGCCCAGUGAUGGCAGCAAUUGGUGCACUGUGUACUGAGCAGAACCGGAGCUCACUGUGGCUGCAGGACUGGAGAUAGACUUCUCCUCUUGCUUCAAAGCAUCAGAACAAACUCCGCUUGAGGGCUUCUGCCUUGCACAAAUAUGGAUUUACAAAGAUAUAACUUAAUCUGCAGAACAGUUGUUCUUGUUAAUUCCUCUGUACAGAUGUUGGACACAAAAUUGGGUGUAUAUUUUGGUCAUUUUAAACAAUCUGGGCUUUCUUCUUCUCAAGUGAUAAGUUUGAGAACUCGGGCUUGCAAACACCAGUGGUCAAAUUAAUAAAGUUUGGAAAGAGCUGA